AUGUCUUUCAGAAGCCAACUUUCGAGAAUUGAUCCACAAUUUCGCAAUCUUCAUAAUUGGUUGAAAAUGAAUUUUGAGUCGUUUGUGAUAUCGGAUGGUUCUCCCAAAAGUCAAGUUAUUAUUGGCGGAAAAUAUAUUUGGAAUAUUCAAGAAGACUCUCCUGAAUCAUCAGUGGUUUGGAGAGAAAGAGAGCAAGUUGUGACAAAAAAAUAUUAUUUUAAUUUGAGUCGAUAUGAAUUACUCAGAAAACUUGUUGAGUUCUAUUUGAACCGCUCGGGAACAACGAUCCGAUAUCUCGACAUUACGAAUCAUCCAUAUGGUCUUGAACUGUGUGAACCACUAAAAGUUCAUCAUCUGAAAUGGAAAUUAUCGAUUUGUUCUUCAAGAUAUGAUUAUACAACAUGGUUCAAUUGUUUGCGAUUUCACCCAAUUGAGAAAGUUGAAAUUGAUUUGGAUGGAGAAGAUAAUACAGUUCUAUCGGAAGAUGUUAUUUCUUCUGCUUGGGAACUUUGUAUAAAAACAAGAAUUCCCCUUCCGAUUCAAGCCAUUAUGAGCUUUAAAUUUAAAGUUCUGAGUGUAAAUCAAGAAAUCAGUUCAGAGGAAGUAUUGAAAUUAUGUGAAAGAUGGAUCUAUGAAAAGAGGACGAUUGGAACCAGAAUCACUUUUGAGAAAUCAGAAAAUCAAGAUUUAGAAUCAAUUGAAAGUAUUUUGAAAGAGAAGUACUUGGUCAAUCAGAAGACAUCGAAAUAUGGAGGAAUUGUAUUGGAAAUUCAACAAAACAAUGUUAAGUUGCAAAUUUAUGAAAUUGAAACUGUCAAAUUUUCCAUCGAAGUCAUUGAAUAA